AUGGUCCUUGGGGAACCACUCCUGGGCCAGAAAGAAGGGAGCCCAGAACUCGAGGUUGACUGGACAGCAGGAGCUAAGAGAGUCACCUCUACACCCACCCUCUGCACCCGGAGUCACCUCUACACCCGGAGUCACCUCUACACCUGCCCUCUACACCUGCCCUCUACACCUGCCCUCUACACCUGCCCUCUACACCCGCCCUCUACACCUGCCCUCUGCACCCGGAGUCACCUCUACACCUGCCCUCUACACCUGCCCUCUACACCUGCCCUCUACACCCGCCCUCUACACCUGCCCUCUGCACCCGGAGUCACCUCUAUACCCGGAGUCACCUCUACACCCGCCCUCUACACCUGCCCUCUACACCUGCCCUCUACACCCGCCCUCUGCACCCGGAGUCACCUCUACACCCGCCCUCUGCACCCGGAGUCACCUCUACACCCGCCCUCUGCACCUGGAGUCACCUCUGCACCCGGAGUCACCUCUACACCCGGAGUCACCUCUACACCCGCCCUCUACACCCGCCCUCUACACCCGGAGUCACCUCUACACCCGCCCUCUACACCCGCCCUCUACACCCGGAGUCACCUCUACACCCGCCCUCUACACCCGCCCUCUACACCCGCCCUCUACACCCGGAGUCACCUCUACACCCGCCCUCUGCACCCGGAGUCACCUCUACACCCGUCCUCUACACCCGCCCUCUACACCCGCCCUCUGCACCCGGAGUCACCUCUACACCCGCCCUCUACACCUGCCCUCUACACCUGCCCUCUACACCCGCCCUCUGCACCCGGAGUCACCUCUACACCCGCCCUCUGCACCCGGAGUCACCUCUACACCCGCCCUCUGCACCUGGAGUCACCUCUGCACCCGGAGUCACCUCUACACCCGGAGUCACCUCUACACCCGCCCUCUACACCCGCCCUCUACACCCGGAGUCACCUCUACACCCGCCCUCUACACCCGCCCUCUACACCCGGAGUCACCUCUACACCCGCCCUCUACACCCGCCCUCUACACCCGCCCUCUACACCCGGAGUCACCUCUACACCCGCCCUCUGCACCCGGAGUCACCUCUACACCCGUCCUCUACACCCGCCCUCUACACCCGCCCUCUGCACCCGGAGUCACCUCUACACCCGCCCUCUGCACCCGGAGUCACCUCUACACCCACCCUCUACACCUGCCCUCUACACCCGCCCUCUGCACCCGGAGUCACCUCUACACCCGGAGUCACCUCUACACCCGGAGUCACCUCUACACCCGGAGUCACCUCUACACCCAGAGUCACCUCUACACCCGCCCUCUACACCCGGAGUCACCUCUACACCCGUCCUCUACACCCGGAGUCACCUCUACACCCGGAGUCACCUCUACACCCGGAGUCACCUCUACACCCGGAGUCACCUCUACACCCGCCCUCUACACCCGGAGUCACCUCUACACCCGCCCUCUACACCCGCCCUCUACACCUGGAGUCACCUCUACACCCGUCCUCUACACCCGGAGUCACCUCUACACCCGGAGUCACCUCUACACCCACCCUCUACACCCGGAGUCACCUCUACACCCGCCCUCUACACCCGGAGUCACCUCUACACCCGCCCUCUACACCCGCCCUCUACACCUGGAGUCACCUCUACACCCGUCCUCUACACCCGGAGUCACCUCUGCACCCGGAGUCACCUCUACACCCGGAGUCACCUCUACACCCGGAGUCACCUCUACACCCGGAGUCACCUCUACAUCAGACCUCCCUUCCCACUAACGCCAGCGGCAUUUUCCGACCACGCCAGCUGUAGCAGCAUCUCACCCUUCACUUGCUCGGAGCUCUUUCCCCACUACCCUGGUGCCAGCGUGAGCACUUUGUAUAGACAGCCACCCGGUGUCUGCACCGCUCUUCCCUCCUGA